UCUUUCAUCCUCCCCGAGUUUUAUCAAAUCUACUUUCCUCAAUUUCUCUCAUCCCAAACUCUUUACUUCUUCUUCGCUUCUUCAGCCAUGGGAACCCUAUCUCUCUCAUCCUCCCUCAAACCUUCACUCCUCGUUUCGUCAAGACUCAGCUCCUCUUCCUCCUCCGCAUCUUCUUCUUCUUUCCCAAAACCCAACAACCUCUCCCUCAAACCCACCAAACUCAUCUCACCUCCCUUGAGAACCUCUCCGUCGCCACUGAGAUUCGCGAACGCUUCAAUCGAGAUGUCGCAGACCCAGGAGUCAGCUAUUCGCGGCGCCGAAUCCGACGUCAUGGGUCUCCUCCUCAGGGAGCGAAUCGUCUUCCUCGGCAGCAGUAUCGACGAUUUCGUCGCCGACGCAAUCAUGAGUCAGUUGCUCCUCUUAGAUGCUAAAGAUCCUAAGAAAGACAUCAAACUCUUCAUCAACUCCUCUGGUGGCUCCCUCAGUGCAACCAUGGCUAUAUACGAUGUGGUUCAACUCGUGAGAGCCGAUGUUUCCACGAUUGCUCUCGGCAUCGCUGCAUCAACAGCGUCGAUCAUUCUCGGUGCUGGAACUAGAGGCAAGCGCUUUGCGAUGCCCAACACGAGGAUAAUGAUGCAUCAGCCUCUUGGAGGUGCGAGCGGUCAAGCUAUAGAUGUUGAGAUCCAAGCGAAAGAAGUUAUGCACAACAAGAACAAUGUCACCAGCAUUAUCGCUGGGUGUACUGGCCGGUCGUUUGAGCAGGUCCUGAAGGAUAUUGACAGGGACCGGUACAUGUCUCCGAUUGAAGCGGUUGAGUAUGGUUUGAUUGAUGGGGUUAUUGAUGGGGACAGCAUCAUUCCUCUGGAGCCUGUUCCUGAUAGGGUGAAACCGAGAGUAAACUAUGAGGAGAUUAGCAAAGAUCCGAUGAAGUUUUUGACUCCUGAGAUACCUGAUGAUGAGAUUUACUAGAAGACAAGCUUCAGUUAGAACCAGGGGUCUUCCAAUUCGACUGAGAGUUGUAAGUUUAGUGGAAAAAGCUUGACUAUUUCACAAGGCUUUAUGAAAUCGAAGUUGACAGACAUUGCUUGCUUUUGUAUCUCAUAUUUUGUUUGUUCAGAAAGAUAUUUGUUGUUAAAAUUACUCUCUUGCAAAUUAUAAGAUAGUUACUGGGAA